GUGAUACGAAUAUAUGAACGGUUAUUGAAAUUUUAAAAUCAGAUGGUUUAGUGAGAGCAUUCAAAGCUGAACACAUUCCUGAACUGACUGUCAAGCGAAUAUUUUUUUUUAUAUUUAAAUUAAAAACUAACAUUUUGUUAUUCAUUGUUUUGUUAUAAAAAUAUUUAUAAUUUAGAUGUGAUAGUAUUUAGUGACAAGAUGGCGACAUUUAUGAGACUGGGAUUUAAAUCAGCCGCUUUGAGCUUGGAGAGAAAUGCGGCAGUAUUUUCAAACUCUUCCGUCCAAAAUUAUGUAAAGUUGAUACAUACGAAGGUGUCGUGCAAUGGAAAGGUGUGCUAUUUGCAAACGUUCCAAGACCAGAGAGAUCUGGAUGUAGACCGAUCUGGUAUGAUGAGGAGGUACAGCAAGCAGCACGGCAGGCCGGAGCGAGACAGGAGGAAAAACUACAGCGACAGUGACUCCGACUCAGAUACUGAGUGCAAGGGAUACGAUCGCUCGGAGUUCUGGCGUAGGAAAAUGCGUACAGUACAUAACAUCCUUGACGUUAACAAGGAUGGAUUGAUCUCAUUCAGCGACUUCCAGCUCCUAUCGGAGAGAUUCAAGUCCUUAGGGCAUUUAGAUGAUAAACAGGCUAAAGAAUUUACUGACAUUAUAAAGUUGACUUGGGAGGAACAAUGGGGACCCAUAGACCCCUACAAUUUCGUAACUGUCGAGCAAUACUUAGAAGACAUGCAUCACGUGCUCAACGAUAAGACGCAAAAGAAAAGAGCUCAUCGCUGGCUGCCAUAUUUGUUUAAGGCGGUCGACAAAGACAAAUCCGGUUUCAUAUCAGUGAAUGAGUUCAAACUGUUUUUUAAAUGUCUCGGCCUAACGAACGAGCACGCUGCAGUUGCGUUCGCAGUAAUCGACAUUAAUGGGGAUGGCAAGCUGUCUAUGAAGGAGUUCGUUAACCUCGGAAAAGAUUUCUUCUACACCGAAGAUGAAUCCCGAGUGUCAAAAAUGUUUUGGGGCCCAUUGUCCGAAAUAUGAUGUCCUAUGGUAGCCGUGGUCCUUUAAGACCUUAAAUAUGUUAGAUAUAAGUUUAGUAUAUACUUAAAGAUUUUGUCAUACACUAUAUUCAGUGUUGUUAACUAAAAAAAUAUAUAUUUUCAGUGUUUCUCUUAAUAUUAAUACUCAAAACUGUUAUCUUAAGCAUUUACUAUGAGAACGGUUAUGUUAAAUAAAUACUGAUGAAUCUAAAUAAAAUUUAAAUCGUU